AAAAACACGAAAAGCUUGUUUCGCUCUUACACACUUCCAGCGUCUUGGCCGCGUCAUGAAAAUAAUAAAUGUCAUGCGGGGGGUGGUGACGACGGCAGUGGUGGAUGAGCUCAUACGAAAGCGAAAAGAAACAAGUUUAGCUUUUUGGAAUACGGGCGACCACGAUUGCAGCUUCAGUUUCAGUUGAACGCGAAACGCCAGCGACGCCGGACCGCGAGGGAGCGAUAGAGGGAGAGAGAGCGAAAGAGAGCCGCGAAAAGAAGAACGAAAAUCGAAAAAGUGUAUGACAAAACGUGUAUGCGAGUGUGUGUGUUGUGUGUGCAUGCUUCAAUUGUACUAGCCUUGGUAUCAGAAUAAGUACAAUUCUAAGUAGAAUCGCCUUUCUUUUGUCACUAAUUGGAAACAAAAAAUUCAGAAAACAAGCAGAUUCGAAGAGCGGGUUACGUGGCCGUCUUUCCGAUUGGACAACUGACCUGCUGAGCUGCUUAAAAAAGUUCUAAUCGGAGACUUGACUUCUGAAACAUUGAAUUGCAAUUAUAAUUUAAUAUUUUCAGGCCAAAUCAACAGUAAGAAUUCUAAAUUAUAGUGCAAAACAAAUAGAAAACCUAAGAGUGGGUUAAAACUUCCGAGCGGCUAAAACAAAAUCAAUAAUUGGCCCUGCGUCCGGCCCUGUUCGUGUGUGUGCUUUUGUGUGCCAGUGUGAGUGUGGGUAAGUGUGUGCGUGCGUUUUUGUGAGUACGACAAUUGGAGCAAUGCCUGCUGAUUGAUAGUAAACCAGAAGAAAGGGGCCUACAAACGUACAUAUAAAGAAAUCAAUUAAGCGAAGAAUAAGAAAACCUAUUUAAGAGCAAUAACUGAGUGAUCAUGCAGCAACCCGCCACGCCCAGCACGCCCGUUAACAACGCUCCCUCGGCCGCCCCCGUUGCAGGCGCCGGCCCGGCUGCCUCUGCUGCCCCGGGGGCCAGCAGCACCCCCAUACGCAUAAACAGUGCCAAGCAGCACGGUGCGGCAGGGGGAGGGGAUACCCUGGUACACCCCGCCACCCCGCACUCGCACUCAAUGCCCGGAACGCCGCAACAACAACCACAGUCGAGCAGUGUGCCCACCGGCGGUCACCUGCUGCAGCUGCAGGCGCCCCUGCCCUCCGCGGGGGCUGUGACCCCCUCUGGCCUGUCCAUGGGCGCAUCGAACCAAUCGCUGGGCGUGAGUGUGGGCGCCGCCAGCAGCGUCAGCGGAAUCAGCAUCACGCCGCCAAAUAGCGCCGGACUGCGUCAGUCGACAGUAUUCGAUUUCAAAUUCAAACGGCGACCUUCGCUAAAAGUGCUCAUGACCAAACUUCCGUCCACGGACAGUUUGAGUAACAGUCCGGCGCCAUCAUCGCCAGGAAUCGCCAAUUGGGCCUCUGACAAUCGGGAUGGCAAUCUGGCAGAUAAGUCAGCUGUUGAUGCCGCCAAACUUAACAGGAAAGAAUCCUACAAGGCGCAGAGGAAGAACUACCGGCGGGAGAAGAAGCGAGUGGCCAGUGAGCUGAUGAACUCCCUGCAAGAUCCUGCGGUUAUAGUGCUGGCAGACUGGCUAAAGGUUCGUGGCACUCUCAAGUCGUGGACAAAACUGUGGUGCGUUCUGAAGCCUGGUCUACUGCUAAUUUACAAGAGCCAAAAGACCAAGAGCAGCCACUGGGUGGGGACGGUGAUGCUCACCUCCUGCCAGGUGAUCGAGCGCCCGAGCAAGAAGGAUGGCUUCUGCUUCAAGCUCUUCCAUCCCCUGGAGCAAUCCAUUUGGGCGCCGCGAGGUCCCGACAAGGAAACUAUUGGUGCCGUUGUCCAGCCGUUGCCAACCGCUUACCUGAUCUUUCGAGCUCCCAGUCAGGCGGCCGGCAAAUGCUGGAUGGAUGCCCUGGAGCUGUCCCUGAGAUGUUCGGCCCUCCUGUUGCGGUCCAAUAGCAGUACGGGAACUGCUCCAACUUCCAGCUACAUGGGCGAACCCCUGCCCGUCUCCCAUGAGACGCAGUGGUCGGAGGCGGACUACGAGAAGCACUUCAACGAUCACGAUUUGGACGCAGACAGCCAGAAUGAAGCACCCAAUGCCGUCAUGUCUGGUCUGGAGUCGGAAUCCGAAUCGGAUCCGGCAGAGCCGGCGCAGGAGGAUGCCGUCGAGCAGCAAUGUGUGGAGACCUCGUAUGUGCCCUUCACUGAGGAGGAGUUUGGCGAGCAAGGGGAGCAGGUAGAGGAGUUGGCAGAGGAGAACAAGAGCCUAAUUUGGUGCAUUGUCAAGCAGGUGCGACCGGGGAUGGAUUUGAGCAAGGUAGUACUACCCACAUUUAUCCUGGAGCCCCGCUCAUUCCUGGACAAGUUAUCCGACUCGUAUUACCAUGCGGACUUGCUCUCUAAGGCCGUUCAGGAGGAUGACGCGUUCACACGCAUGAAACUAGUAGUGCAAUGGUACCUGUCAAGCUUUUACAAGAAACCCAAGGGCCUAAAGAAGCCCUACAAUCCGAUUCUGGGCGAGAGGUUCCGGUGCUAUUGGCAGCAUCCCAGUGGCAGCCGAACCUUUUACAUUGCCGAGCAGGUGUCGCACCAUCCGCCUGUGUCGGCAUUCUACGUGACGAACCGCGAGGACGGCUUCAGCAUCACCUGCUCCAUCCUGGCGAAAUCGAAGUUCUACGGCAACAGCACUUCGGCGGUGCUUGAGGGCGCUGCCACAAUGACGUUGCUGCCGCGCGGUGAGUGUUACACGGCCACAACGCCGUACGCCCACUGCAAGGGCAUCCUGAUGGGCACGCUCUCCAUGGAGCUGGGUGGCAAGAUCAACAUCGAGUGUGAGAACACCGGUUACAGGACGGAGCUGGAAUUCAAGCUGAAGCCGUUCCUCGGAGGAGCGGACGCCACCAAUGUGGUUGUCGGCAAGAUCAAGCUGGGCAAGGAGACGCUGGCCACCAUCAAUGGUCACUGGGACAAAGAGUGUCGAGUGAAGGACUCCAAGACGGGAGAGGAAACGGUAUUGUUCAAGGUGGAUGCAGAGACCCGCUCCAAGCGUCUCACCCGGUACAUGGUGCCACUUGAGUUACAAGAGAACAACGAAUCACAGCGCCUGUGGCAACGCGUCUCCGAAGCGAUUGCCCGUGAGGAUCAGGUUGCCGCCACGGAGGAGAAGACCGUGCUGGAGGAGCGCCAGCGAGCGGAUGCCAAGGAACGGGUCAGCACUGACUCUAUCCAUAUGCCCGACCUUUUCGAGCUGGACAGCUACGGUCAAUGGCUUUACAAGUACGCCGAUUUGCGACCCUGGGACUCGCGCAACGAUGUCCGCCAGUACGAGUGCCAGUUCAAGGUGCUGACCCAGACGCGUCACAAGUCCGUGCCCAUUGUCCAUGGGGCUGAUAUGAUCCACCCCCUGCGUAGCUCCAUUGAGACAUUAUCCCGCACCCAAAGACAAUCGCCAGCCGGACAGCCCUUACAGCCGGGCGGCUCCGUGGUGCCCAAGGCCAAGAAUAAGAGCUUGGUGCUGGCGCCGCGCGACACCAACUCGGACUCCAGUCAGUCGCCGCAGGGAGCGGUUAAGCGGAGUUCCUCCAGCGCCAUUAAGCAACUAGCCUUGGCCGUGGACCAGGUGAACCGAGUGCUGGAGCUGCACACCCGACAGCUGAACGAGAUCAGCCAGCGCCUGGAGCGCAUGCAGUAUUCGCCCCCGCCUAGUAACAUGAGUCCGCUUUCUCUUCAUUUGUUGGGCGGCGGCGUUUCGCAGUCGACGGUGAUCAAGUCGCUAGUCUACGCUCUGAUCGGGCUGACUUUCAGCCUGAUCCUGCGCUGGCUGUUUAAGUAGAUUGGCGAAGUCGUUGUUGGUGUCAUUUCGUUUAGGAUUAAGAAAAGUUUUGGUCAACCUAUAGAUCCCAUAUAUAUAUAUAUAUAUAUAUAUAUAUACAUACACACCCUAGAGUACAGACAACGUAUAUACUUUGUUGAAUUGUACAUUUGGUCCUACUCAAAUGCCUUCGCACGCUGCCAGAGAAAUAUCCCCGACCGAGGCGCGUGGCCAGAACAUUCGUUGUGAGAAACUAUGCAUAGGAUUAAGUGUUUGCCGUAUGUAAGUCCCAGCAAUCCAACCCACAGGCAAAGUCCAUGUGCAAAUAUCUUCCCCUCGAACCCUGGAAAUUCUUUUCUCAAGAUAAAACGUCUGGGUAGGUGUAGGUUAGGAUGUCGAAGAUAUACAUUAAUAUCAAAAUAUACACAUACGUACGAGUAGAUGCACCAGAUUUCGUAAAAAUUCCAAUUAAAACGAUGCUACUAUAAAGCUAGUUCGCUUUUCCUUUCCUUCGAUAGACAGUUAAUAUUAAAUCACACGAUUUAGGGUAUACGAUAAACGAACAAUGCUCGAGAGGCUCCCUGCCCCAUUAAGCACGACUUAUACACAGUGCAACAAACCUUAGAGAUUUAAUGCGAAAAGUGGUUAUAGUAAUUACUUUUAGUGUCUCUUAUACACGAACUGUUUUUCCUCUUCCCAAUACCUGCAUACUUAAAAUUUAAUAAAUUCCCUAUUUCAAAUUGAA